AUGGAGAGACGUUUUCCUAAAGCUGACGUGAUAUGGUGGAACGCAACCUGCUACCACGUACGAUGUCCGUUUUGCGAAGCAGUUCAUCGCCAUCGGGUCAACUCGUUGGAUUGGCAGGCAAACGAUCUCAGAAAAUCUCAUUGCGAAACAAGCGAGACAUAUUUUUGCUGCUUCCCCAUGAAUGAGAAAGGUGAGGUAGCCUAUGAAAUCAACAAGAAACGUGGUCGAUACGUCAAUAUCUGUAUUUCGGAUGACAGCGAUAAUGAGGACGAUGAUGAAGGCGAUAUUGAUCAGCUGGUAGCUGAUCUAGCUAAGGCUACUACUGCCGCAGCAGACGAUGAAGAAGUAUCUAUGAAUAUCCCGGAAGAUGCAAAGGAACUAGUCACCGUCGACCUAGGAAAUUUCCCGCUUGACCUAGGGUGUGACGUCCAGCCAUUCCAGCAGAAAAGGAUUACCCAGUCAAUUUGCGACUGUAUUGCUGGACACACUAGAGCGGUUCAAGAAUAUUUGGAGACAUCUACUGAGGCUUGGCUGUUUGUUCGAGGGCGGUUCCCCUUCAACGGUAAAACAACCCUCAUCCGCGCAGCAGCUGAGAGUAUCCCCGAGAUGCUGUCAAUUCUCAUCGAACAUGGAGCGGAUGUGAAUGCUGUUGAUAAUGGCGGAAGGAGCGCUCUAAUGGAGGCAGCGCUCUUUGGGCGGGUUAACAAUGUAAAAGUACUCCUACAACACGGCGCGGACACCAAUAUCCGGGAUGUCAAAAAUCGACUGGCAGUUUAUUUUGCGCAGGAGCAUGACGAACUUCAAGAGGAAAGAAACGAUCGUACUGAUGACUAUUUUGAGGACACUCCCAGAGCGGCCCUUGAUCGCCGGGAAAUUGUUCGCCUUCUUAGCGCAGAGAGACGAAUGUCAAAGACCGCUUUUGGAGAACCACCCACUGUAUCGUUGUCUCAGUCCUAUAGUCGCACAUCUUCCAGUAUGGAAGAGCCCAAGCCAACCGGGAAGCAUCCAAUAUCAGGACUUGGAGAGACAGUGGCGCGACUAGAAAGAGGCGGAAAAUUUCCGUCUGUUGCUGCUAUCAGCCGAUUGACAACAGUUCCUGGGCAAACCUUCAGUGUUGUGGGUCGCCAUUGGGCAGACGAUGUCUUUUACAUUGCCAAAACAGUGGGUCAUCAUUUUCCUUCCCAUAUCCAUGAUGAGGAUAUCGCCUACCACGCAGAAAAGCAACUGAUAGCAUAUUUCAUUGAUCGCCAUGCUUUCCUGCCACGCGAUCUCUUGCCGGAUCCGAAACUAAGAGAAGAAUCUGAAAGGACAGAAGAUGAAUUUGAAAGGACUUAA